AAAAGAAAGAAAGGAAGAAAGAUUAGCGAACCCCCUGUGUCCUGAUCUAAAUCAAAUGAUUCGCGAUCCGAUUCGAGCACUUCGAAGCAGUGAAUCAUUUUGCGACGCAAUGGUUUAAUUGAUGAGGAGUUUCAAAAAGCUCCGUUUCACCAUCACUACGUGCUUUUUAAAAUCAUUACAAGCGAUGUCGACAUUCGAAAAGGGCUCUUUUGAUCAGUGGUUUUUUUUUUUGGCUAGUGAAUCGCUUGAACUGAAUGAUCGGAGUCACGAGUUUGAAUCAAUCGGAGCGGUUCCAGCGUAAAUGACUCACUCAAUUGAAUCGAUUCAUCUGUUCCUCCGCUUUUCUCGUCUUCAGUCAUGUUUACACGACACUGUCAGCAGUAAUACUGGCUUAGCUCGCUAGUUUUAACUUAAAUAAGCGAAAAAGUAUGAUUUUUACAAAUAAAAUAUCCAUAUUUCCAUUCCAAAGAUCCAACACAAAUCUAGAACACAUUCAGGUGAGGAAACCGAUUUACUGCUAACUACUGAAUCACUCCAUUAAUAUGACGAGCUGCAGCUCAAAAUACAUGUUAGAUGGAAACAUUGAGUUUGUAGCUUAAUUGACUAUUUGAUCUGAAAUAGUUUGACACUUGCUGACAGUUCAUUAGCAAAUCAGCUGAAAGCAUCCAGUCUCUCCUUCCAUUUAAGUGAAUGUUCAACUGAUGAGUUUAAAUGUUUGAGAAAUGAUUGUUGUAUCUGAUCGUAUGAAUCGUGAUAGUCAAUGUAAAAAGAGCAAAUGGGAGAAGCAGAUGAAGACAAAACAGCACAACAACAAAGUAUUAAUGAAGUUAACCAUCAUGCAAGUUUGCCAGCCUUAAUUGAAUGCAAACAGAUUUUGUAUAAAAUACAGUUGAUCUUAUUGCAUAAAUAAUCACAGCAUGCGUCACGUGCGCUCAGUAUUUUGCAUUAGAUCAAACAUUGAUAUAUUAUCUAAUGCACAUCAGUUGCAAUCAUUCACCUGUCCUUUAGAUCGCCUCGGGCGCGCGCAGGAGUCGGCGGGGGCGCGCUGACGUCAUCGGGGUUUAUUAGCGGCGCUCGGACCCGCUGGCGCCAGUCAGUGUCUCUCCGCUCCUCGUGCACUAAACCAGAUCCAGGACUCAUGUCCGGGAAUCCAGACCGGAGUACAGGAUUCACCUGAAGAGGAACACGCGAGCGGGCAGCUGAAGGAACUCUCUCCGUCUCUGUUUUCCUCCAUGUGAAGGAAAAGAUACAAGGCUGAGCGAUGAACGAGAGUGCAGCACUCAACGAGAGCGGUGCUGGUUUGCCGGCAUCCUCGUGGCUGGAAGCUGAAGCCUUUGACAGCAACCGGACCCUGGCGCUUUCAUCGGCGGCCCUCGAGUUCCACGUCAACCCGUGGGACAUCAUGCUGUGCCUGUCCGGGACAGUGAUUGCCUGUGAGAAUGCCAUCGUGGUGGCCAUCAUCUUCUAUACGCCGACGCUGCGCAACCCUAUGUUCGUCCUGAUCGGCAGCCUGGCUACCGCUGACCUCCUGGCUGGCAUGGGAUUAAUCCUGAACUUCGCUUUCCAGUAUCUGGUCUCGUCUGAGACCAUCAGCCUUAUUACGGUCGGAUUCCUGGUGGCGUCCUUCACGGCGUCCAUCAGUAGCCUGCUAGCCAUCACUGUUGACCGCUACCUGUCGCUCUACAACGCCUUGACGUACUUCUCUGAGAAGACGCUGCAUUAUGUGCAUCUGAUGCUGGUGGGGACGUGGGGUGCGUCGCUCGCAUUGGGACUGCUGCCUGUUUUGGGCUGGAACUGCUUGGAUGAUGCAUCCACCUGCAGCAUCGUGCGUCCGCUCAAUCGCACCAACCUCACCCUCCUCGCCACGUCGUUUUUCAUCAUCUUCGCCCUCAUGCUCAGCCUGUACUUCAAGAUCUGUAAGAUAGUGUGCCACCACGCGCACCAGAUCGCUCUGCAGCAGCACUUCUUCACCACCUCGCACUAUGUGGCCACCAAGAAGGGCGUCUCCACGCUCGCCAUCAUCUUGGGCACGUUCGGCGCCAGCUGGCUGCCCUUCGCCAUUUACUGUCUGGUCGGGGAGCGGGAGUAUCCGUCGGUGUACACAUACGCCACGCUGCUCCCCGCCACCUACAACUCCAUGAUCAACCCCAUCAUCUACGCCUACCGCAACACCGAGAUCCAGCGCUCCAUCUACAUGCUCUUCUGCGGCUGCUUUCAGACCAAAGGUUCAUACCGAUCCAGAUCGCCCAGCGAGGUGUAGAUCCUCUGUGCUUUGUUUUUAACCCUGUAAAGCCUGAAAUAUGAAAUAACGGUCCAGUUUUGGGAAAUUGAACAGUUUAUUGAACAAUAGUGUAUUAUGUUGUGAGGCUCUUAAGGCUCAUAUAGUGAGAAUGUGGAGGAAAAAAACAGCUAAAUAUUAUUCAAAGUCCCAAAUCUGUGCAAAAGCAUCCAAGUUGUAAUGUAAAUCAUUGAGAUUGCUCUAUUUCUCCAGUAAUAUCUCAGUAAGAUGAGAUGUACUGUAAAUGAUCCAAACAUAUAAUGCAGUGAUUGAGAGAUGAAGAAAUAAAGGCUCCUCAGAAGAUGUGAGAUGUUCUGGAGGCUUGUGAAGAUCAUUCCUCCGCUGAGGAACAGUGAAAGUAAAGCUUCUGG